UUGAUUCGACUUUCUUAGCAUCUAGUAGACGACCACAUUAAAUUCAUGUAGAGUAAAAAACAAUUUUUUUGGACCUUGAAAAAAUUGUUUCGACAAAAGUCUCUAAAAGUAUCUGCACAACUACGUGAAAAUGCCCGAAAAGCCAGCAGCAAAGUCACCUCCGAAGACCCUGACCAACAUCAAGGGUACCAGGACCGCCACUUCCUCAUCCAAUCCCACUUCCAACAGGAAGAGACCCACAGGAACUGGAGUGAUUCGUCCCCCGUUGCCAAAUACACAUGAUAGGAUUUGGAAGAUCAUGAAGAUGUAAUAUCUGGAACAAAAUCUCUAAAAUUGGGUGCCCAAACCGGAUCUCCAUUUUUAAGGCAAGAUAAUUUUGUAUUAUAAAAUGAAAUCUUAACAUUCGACAAGGCUGAAUAAAGCGAAAAAGUCCCUGAAAGGAAAAAA